AUGCCGAGACUUCCCGAUUACUAUAAAGCGUUGGGCGUCUCUCCUGGCGCCAGCCAACGAGAGAUUCGCACCGCAUACAAGAGAGAAUCCUUAAAAUCCCAUCCAGACCGAGUGCCUGAGGGUUCUCCCGAAAAGGCAGCGCGGACACGCAAGUUCCAGGAAAUCAAUGACGCAUACUAUACCCUCUCCGACGAUUCACGCCGACGCGAAUACGAUGCGAGGAGAAACCUCGAGCAGGAGGUGGAUGAAGAAGAGGAAAUUCCAAGUAGCGACAACGGCUUCUGGUCGUCGUUUGGUUUUGGAUCUGCGGAUCGUGAGGAGCGAUCAAACGAGCAGUUCGGAUCGGUCUUCGAGGAGAUGCUUCACGAGGAAGGAAUGGAUGGCAGCGGGGCAGAAGGGUCAAAUUCACAUUUUUGGUCUAUUGUCGGAGGAGCAAGCGGAGGAGCACUUGGAUUUAUCGUGGGCAACGCGCCAGGUGCUAUAGCGGGUGCUGUUGCUGGAAACCGUCUAGGAGCCGUGCGGGACGCUCGGGGCAAAAGUGUCUAUGAGGUUUUCUUGGAGCUACCAGCAAACGACCGCGCGCGACUGCUAAGCCAAUUGGCAGCCAAGGUAUUCCAGCAUACUAUGGGACAAUGA